UGUUCUCCCGGCAGCCUUCAUGACCAUGGUGCUGAUCUUCCUGCACACCUUCUGGGGCAUCCUCUUUUUCCACGGCUGUGAAAACCGGCACUGGUGGGAGAUCGUAGCCGUCGUUGUCAUGCACCUGGCCGUUUCAGGGUCGACAUUUUGCAACCCGCUGUAUGUAGGCAGCCUGGUGCCCUCCUACGUGCUGAUGGCCAUUGCUGCUGUCUGGGCAUAUAUGCUGUCAGGGGGCUCUGUCCAGAACCUGCGCCGCUUCCUGCUCUGUGCACAGAGUGGAGCUAGCCCCCAGCCAGCAUCCUGAGGCCCUGCAGACGUUCCCAUCCCCAGCUGCCCCUGCCCUCCCCUGUCAGCAGCAAGGUUGGCCGUCGCCUUUUCUGCAAUACAUUUUCUCCUGGAACGGGGGACGCUGCCAUCCGGCUGCAGCAGCGGUGCUGUGACCGGCUUGCUCUUCUGCCCCUCUGGGGACAACUCAGUCUGGGGGACUCAACUCUGUUGGCCCUGAGCUAUCACCUGGGAAGGGUACUUCCUUGGACUGCCGGUGACCCAAGCCCAGGAAGCCCCCUCACUUUUCCCCCUGGUGCAGAAGAUGCUCUGCAGUCCCCUGUGCCUACAAGGGACACAACGUCUCCUCCUCUCCUGGGGAGUGGCUUUGUGAGGUGCUGCUGGGGCCAGGACUGAAUGCUGUGGUGCUAUUUUCUCCAUCUCAACUUGCUGCACUGGGAGAUGCACCCCCAGCACUGAACUGUAGUGAGCAUCCCAGGGUGGGCAGAUGGGGGUUGGCAUGGCAAGGUUAGGGGAUGAUGUGGAGGAACAGGGGCAGAACGCAUCCACCAUUGUUGGUGGACAUGCAGCCAAGGGCUUGGGGUGAGCAGUGGGCUGCAGUUGGUGCUGGCACCGCCUGGGGAGGGGGGCUUGGGGCUGUUCUGGGGAUCACUGCCCUCUCCCUGAGUCAAAAGGGGAUUUUAAGGCAGGUACCUCCCUGUUAACCUGCUACAGGACAGGGAGGACUGCCAAUGGGCUCAGGGCUGAGAGGCGGUUUUGUCCACAGUGGGCUUUUGUACCAAUAAAACAAGUACCAGAGGUGAGCAGAA